GUUACACGGACUAGAAGAGGAAACAGACGUUGUAUCUCUCCCCACAGAGAUGGUUGGUGGUUGCCUGAGCUGCUUCUUUACAUACAUUUCUGUGCUGCUUCUUGGGGUUUGCCUCUAUGAUGUGGAGACUUCCAGUUGUGAAAGAAACAUCCAUAAAAAAGUUGGCGACACCGUGGAGUUGUUAUCAUGCUCACCAGCUGAAGGGGUCACCUCGGCAUAUUGGAAAUAUGAAGGGUUAAGAAUUGCGAGCAAAAAUGUGUAUGUUUCUGGAAAACAUCAGUUCGAGGAAAGAUUAAACCUAAACCUUUCAAGCUUAGAUUUAACAGUGAGAGGACUGACUCUCCAAGAUUCUGGUGUGUUCAGUUUUCUCUCAGAGGCGAAUAACAAACAAAGGCCGACAGUAACCAUCACUCUGCAUGUUCAUGAGCCCAUAACUAUAGCGCCCGCUGUGACUUCCAAUUCCACCUGGCACCCCCUGAACCAAUCCUGUACAGUUUUGCUGGAGUGCAGUGCAACCACUGACAGCCCAGGUGUCACCUACACCUGGGCUGUUGGGAACGAAACCAUGAAUGGCUCCAGCCUGCAACACGUCAUCACCCCUCAGGACGGAGACACCAGAUUCACCUGCACAAUCUCCAAUUUUGUCAAUGAGAAGUCGACAAUCGAAACAGUGAAGUGCAGCAACGUUACACCUGUCACAUUGGAAAAAGGCCAACUCUUUGUCGUUCUCCUGAGUGCGGCAGGAGGAGUUUGUCUGAUGAUUGUCAUUAUAGUUGGAGUAGCUGUGUAUGUUUGUCACCGCAAACGAAGUCAAGCAGGUGUUGACCCAGAUGAGCUCACAGUGUAUGCUGAUAUCAAUGAUGUUGCAAAUGAGGCUGGGACUUCAUCUGCCAUGAAGGCAUGCACACUGUAUGAAACCAUUGAUACCAGAGUCAACACACCAGUCACACCCGGGCCACAGACUGUGUACGACAAGAUCCAGUUCAGUCGCAUGAGGAAGCCGUCGGUGUCACCCUACCAAGAUAUUUCCUAGAGGGUCCCAGCACA